AUGACUGAGUUUUGUAAUACUGCAAGUAGUGUCUCGGUAUCAGCUACAGCGAGAGCAAGUUCAAAUUCACUAAUUAUGUCAAUAAUGUCAGCACCAGUUCCAGGUAGUGCUAAUAGUGUCCCUGCAGUCUCAGCUACAGCGAGUUCAAACUCAUUUAUGUCAGCACCAGUUCCAGGUAGUUCAGCGAGUUCAAACUCACUAACUAUGUCAGCACCAGUUCCAGGUAAUUCUAAUAGUGUCUCAACAGACUCAGCUACAGCAAGUUCAAGCGUCUCAACUAUCUCAGCAGUGUUACUCCUGGCUCUGACGACCCACACUGUCAACACCGAUGUGGCUAAGUGGAUUAUAACCGACAACCUGCGUGAGUAUUUCAGCAAAAGUGCAGAUGGGUUUUUAUCAUGCCAACAUAUGGAUAGCGAUUUUAAAUUAUCUACUAAAGUACUGCCUGGUGACACUUUUAAGUUUAAACGACAGUGUACAAAGUCCCUUUUUUUCCGGGAAAAAGUGAAUGGUGAGAAAAUUAAGAGAGACUGGAUUUGCUAUUCCCCAUCAACUGGUAAGGUUUUCUGCGCCCAUUGUAAAUUAUUUAAUUCAAAAUGUGGAAUUGGAGCAUCUGCUUUGAUGUCAUCAGGAUAUGAUGAUUGGAAACACCCUGCAAGAGACUUAGCUCGCCAUGAAACAAGUGAAACCCACAUUCAAUCAAUUGAAACCCUUUUAACACGUAGGAAAGCUGGAGAGCACAUUAGUAAAAGGCUCACAGAGCAAUUUGAAUCAGAGAAAAAGUACUGGAAUGGCAUACUGUUGCGUAUUCUUACCGUAAUCAAAAUGUUAGCAUCGCUUGGGUUGUCAUUCCGUGGCAGUAACGAAAUUGUGGGUUCUGUCAACGAAAAAGAAGCAAAAUACUUUGCAGUUAGUGUUGACUCAACACCAGAUAUUUCACAUGUAGAUCAGCUUACCAUUAUAUUCCGUUACAUGACUUCUAAAGGACCAGCUGAACGUUUUGUGACAUUUAUCCCUAUAGAAAAGCACACUGGGGAAGGAUUAGCAACAAAGUUACUUGAUUUUAUAGAAAAUACUGGCAUUUCAAUUAAAGACUGCCGAGGUCAAUCCUACAAUAAUGCUGCCAACAUGAGUGGUCGAACAUAA